GGCUGCGACAUCCGUGUGGACUGCAAGACCAAGGAGCAGCAGUUCGCCUAUGCCAAAGCCUACUACAGGAAGUACAACAGGGAGAGCGAUGGCAAGGACCCCAAGUACAGCGCCUCCUCCACCGGUGGCGGCAUCUACCGCAAGUACAAGAUUGACCAGUAUAUCAACAAGCUGAGCGACGCGGAGAUGCCCGCGGAUGGCACCUACAAGAUCCGCCCGGAUGCCGUG